AUGGAGGAAACAAUGGUUGUUAUUGUGGGAGCAGGCCCUGCCGGCCUAGCCACCUCGGCUUGCCUGAACCGCCUUUCGAUCCCCAACAUUGUGUUGGAAAGAGAGGAUUGCUAUGCUUCUCUUUGGAAGAAAAGGUCAUAUGAUCGCCUCAAACUUCACUUAGCAAAGCAAUUUUGCCACCUUCCAUACAUGGAUUUCCCACCUAAUGCACCAACUUAUGUUCCCAAAAAUGGGUUUAUAGAUUACUUAGACAAUUACGUCUCACACUUUGGCAUAACCCCAAGAUAUCUCCGAUCCGUUGAGUCAGUUAUUUAUGAUUCGGACGCUGAAAAAUGGCAGAUUGUUGUCAAGAACAUGACGACUACCGACAAUGUGAUCGAGACUGAGGUGUAUACGUCGAGGUUUCUUGUAGUAGCCAGUGGCGAAAAUAGCCAAGGUACAAUCCCUGAUAUCGAUGGUCUUGAUAGCUAUGGAGGGGAAUACAUCCACUCUAACCAAUAUGAAAAUGGGAGGAAAUUUAGAGGCAAAGAUGUUCUAGUUGUUGGUUGUGGAAACUCUGGCAUGGAGAUUGCUUACGAUCUUUGGAAUUGGGGUGCCAACACUUCCAUUGUCGUUCGUAAUCCGGUACAUGUGCUAACCAAAGAGAUGGUGAAAAUGGCAAUGAUCAUGUCACAAUACCUCCCAUGCAAAGCAGUGGAUAUAAUCACUGUGGCGAUUAGUAGAUUAAGAUAUGGGAAGCUUUCGAAAUAUGGUAUUCGAAUGCCAACGAAGGGGCCAUUCCAUCUUAAGGAAACAACAGGUCGGUCCCCAGUCAUUGAUGUUGGAACCAUUAGUAAAAUUAAAAGUGGAGAAAUCAAGGUUUUACCUGGUAUGGAAUGCAUAAAAGAUAAUGAGGUUGUGUUUACAAAUGGCGCGACAGUACAGUUCGAUGCCAUUGUUUUUGCCACUGGUUAUAAAAGCACAGUCCGGAAUUGGCUUAAGGGAAGCUAUGAAAGUUUUGAUGAGAAAGGAAUGCCCAAAAGAAGCUUUCCGUAUCACUGGAAAGGGGGAAAUGGAAUUUACAAUGCUGGAUUUUCAAGAAGAGGACUGAGAGGUAUUUCCAGUGAUGCACAAAAUAUAGCCAAUGAUAUAUACAUAAACAUCACUGCUGAUUAG